AUGACUACGAGAUCCAUCAAAGCUAUUAUGCCUGCCAUCGAACAGGCUGAAGGUGUGGGAGCCAGAGUGAGAAGAAGUAUAGGCAACAUGAACAUGAGAAACUUUUCUCCAUUUUUGAUGUUUGACCAUUUCAGCUCCAACGGCAAGGGCGGAUUCCCUGAGCACCCUCAUUUGGGUCAGGAGACCAUCACCUUGAUGUUGAAGGGAGCAUUUGCUCACGAGGACUUCACUGGUUCUAAAGGUGUUUUGAGAGAAAACGACCUUCAAUUCAUGACCGCUGGUCGUGGUACCGUGCACUCCGAGAUGCCUGUGAUCCACCCAGACGGCUCAGCCAACGUUGGUUUGCAAUUGUGGGUUGACUUGCCUGAGAAGCUCAAGGAAGUCGAACCUAGAUACAGAGACUUGAAAGAGUGGGAGGUUCCCGAGGUUACAGACCAGGAUGGAAAGGUCACUGUCAGAGUCAUUUCCGGUGAGUCGUUGGGCGUCAAGCUGGAGAAGGACUUGGCCUACACGCCGGUCAACUAUUACCACUAUAAGAUGAAGCCAGGCUCUCUGUUCAAGCAGCAGGUUCCCAAGGACUUCAAUUUCUUUUUGUACCUUUUGCAAGGCGGCACUCUCAAGCUUGGUGACCGCAAGGCCAAGGAGUUCGACAAUGUCUUUUUCAACGCUGACGGCGACACUAUUCUGGGUGAGUACCCCGAAACCAACACCAAGGAUGCCGAGUUUGUGCUUGUGGGUGGCCAGGUAUUGGACCAACCUGUUGUGCAGCACGGCCCCUUCGUUGCCACCAGCAGAGACAGAAUCAUCCAGGCCUUCACAGACUAUCAAUACGCCCGCAAUGGCUUCGAGAGAAUCAAGUCCUGGAACACCCUUAUCUCGGGAGGAGUAACCGAGGACAUGAUCAACAACCAAUUGGGAGGCAGUUUGGAGGCCCGUGCUGCAGAGAAGGCCAAGUACUUGGGCCGCAAGGACGAGCUUUAG